UGCGUCAAACCCUCAACUGAACGACUCCAGCCAACCCGGAACUUUUAAGUCAACUAAUCAUUCCUGAAAACUUAUUGCAAGGAGUUUCCCCCUGUUUUUCCGAGUAGUUCAAAUGUUACUUUAAGCAAAGUCACUGCUACGGACUGAGUUAGCUCCUUCUGAGGGGAAAGAGACAGCUGCAAAUGUUUCUCGCUCCGACUGCGGCGGUUGCUGUGGGACAGUAGCACUCGACUUGUCUUUUCAAACCAGCCAGAGAGUGGUGGAGUGAAGAGGUGCCAACAUGCCUCAACAAAAGGACAUAGUGAAGAUAGCCAUCCAGAUGCCUGGGGCCUACCCCCAGCUCAUACAACUGGACCAGAAAAAGCCUCUGUCUGCUGUAAUAAAGGAAGUGUGUGAUGGCUGGAAUCUCUCGGGUCCUGAAACCCACGCUCUGCAGUAUGCCGAUGGAGUGCAGACAUACAUCACUGAAUCGAAUCGUCUGGACAUUAAGAAUGGCUGCAUUCUGCGUCUGACCAAGGCACCGGGCUGCUGUGCAGAGGACUUGUACAAGGGCAUCCAGAGUUUGGACGCAGGCGUGCGCUGCGCUGCGCUGAAGGAGCUGGCGAGUGUUUCCACAGACGUGACCUUUGCUCAGGAGUUCAUCAGCCGAGACGGACACCUCUUAUUGGUCAAGAUAGUAGAGGACUCUAAUGAGAGUAACAUGAUCAUGACCCACACACUGACAGCCUUCAUGGAACUGAUGGAUCAUGGGAUAGUUUCAUGGGAGAACCUCUCGUCUGUCUUCAUCAAGAAGAUCGCCAGCUUCGUCAAUGCCAAGCCAACUGACGCAUCAAUACAGCAGGUGUCCCUGGACAUCCUGGAGAACAUGGUGCUGAGCAGCCACAGCCUCUUCCUGCAGGUCAAACAGGAGGUCACCAUGGAGAGGCUCAUCACUCACCUCCAGGUGACAAACCAGCAGAUACAGACCAAAGCCAUGGCCCUACUUAUGGCACUGCUACAAACAGCCGGGGCCUCAGACAGACAGGAAAUGUUUGCAUUCCUGAAUAAGAAGAAUCUCCGUCAGUACAUUUAUAAAAACAUCAUCCACAGUUCUGGUUCAGUCCAGGAUGAGAUGGCGCACUACCUCUAUGUCCUACAGUCCGUUACCUUGAAUCACCUGGAGCCGCGCAUGAGGACACCUCUGGACUGUUACAACCAGGAGCAGAGAGACAUCCUUCACGGUUUGCGGCAGGCAGCAUUCGAGACAGAAAGCGAGAACAGUCUGAGCCACGAGAGACGACGCUCACUGUGCGCCAAAGAGUUCAAGAAGUUAGGCUUCUCUAACAAUAGUAACCCUGGUCAGGAUUUGGUGCGAACGCCUCCUGGUCUUCUAGCUUUGGACACCAUGUUUUAUUUUGCCACGCGCUAUCCUGAUGCCUACAGCAGGUUUGUUCUGGAGAACAGCAGUAGGGAAGACAAACACGAGUGUCCAUUUGCCAGGAGCAGCAUCCAGCUCACACUCAUCCUGUGUGAAAUCCUUCGUAUCGGAGAGCCCCCCUCAGAGACAGGAUCUGACUACCACCCCAUCUUCUUCAGUCAGGAUCGGCUGAUGGAGGAGCUUUUCUGUGUCUGCAUUCAGCUGCUCAACAAGACCUGGAAGGAGAUGAGAGCCACACAGGAGGACUUUGACAAGGUGAUGCAGGUGGUGAGGGAGCAGAUCACCAGGACGCUGUCCAGUAAGCCGACCUCCCUUGAGCUCUUCAAGAACAAAGUCAAUGCCCUCAACUACAGCGAGAUUCUUAAACUGCGGCAGACAGAACGGCUGCACCAAGAGGAGACUCUUGCUCCACCUGUACUUGAGCUCAAAGAGCGCCUGAAGCCAGAGCUGCUUGAGCUGAUCCGCCAGCAGAGACUCAACAGGCUGUGUCAAGGAACAAUGUUCAGGAAAAUCAGCAGCCGUCGCAGACAGGAUAAACUGUGGUACUGCCGCUUGUCGCCCAAUCACAAAAUGCUUCACUACGGUGAUGUGGAAGAGGACACGGACAAUCCACCAAUUGAAACACUGCAAGAGAAGAUUCCAGUUGCAGACAUCAAAGGCCUGCUGACGGGAAAAGACUGUCCUCACAUGAAGGAGAACAAAGGCAAACAGAACAAGGAGGUGCUGGACCUGGCAUUUAGCAUCACAUAUGACGUAGAAGAGUACAGCCUGAACUUCAUCGCCCCCUCUAGAACUGAUUUCUGCCUGUGGACAGAUGGACUGAGCGUUCUCCUGGGCCGGGAGAUGAGUAGUGAAUCCAUGCGCAGCGAGCUGGAUAUCCUGCUCUCUAUGGAGAUUAAGCUCCGCCUCCUGGACCUUGAGAACGUCCCCAUCCCCGACAGAGCGCCAGUCGUCCCCAAACCACCGAGCAACUACAACUUCUGCUACGACUUCAGCCAGACGGAGCAGUAGAGCGUGUGCAUUCGCUGGAGUGCAACUAGAACGUGUGAAUGUGUAAAUAUAUGUGUGAGUGUGUGUGUCUGAAAUAAGAGGUGUGUGUGUAUGGUGAGAUCUGACCUGUGCUUCCACGCACUUAUUCCUAUAACACAGAUUUAAUACAUUAUAUUUUUCCUCUGUGGCCGUGCCCUCUACAUCCAAAUGAAACAUCAACCUGUGGAAAACUACAGUUGUGGUUGUGGAACCGCUACCAAAUGGCUGUUGACUGUACAAAUGCUGCAGAUUAUCUGGGAGUUCGUCUGUACAUUCAUGUCUGGAAACGUCAACACAACUCCAAAAACAACAGACACUUGGCACAACGACAUUCUUCUUAUGCAAUACAGCCACUCAAGUAAUGGUACUUUAAUUUUGUUUUGUAAUCAUUUUAUAUUUCUAAAUAUAUCUAAAACAAUGUAUGAUACAUGGAUUAUUCCUGUGUGCAAGGCUUGACCUCAUUGGUCGAGUCGUUAUGCUUUGACGUUUGUCUAAGAAUGCUGGUUGUGCUCAUUUAUACAUUUCUUUUUUGUUUCUGUUGCUUUUUUUUUUUUUAAGGGCAUUAACUAGGACACAGUGCUUUCUCAAUAUGUGGUACAUGUUGGACUCAUUUCCAACAUAUGAAAGACAAACACAGUACAUUUUCAGUGUUGGACAAUAUUCUGCUCAAGUAUACCUUU